AAAAUAAUCGUAUCCCUCCACUCAUCUUCAGUCUGCGCCUAUGUCUGGGUGAUAUGAAUUUUCAAAAAUGAGGGGAUGUGAUUGCACAAAUGACUUAUUGACAAGUCCAAUUCAAUUUUUUCCAAGACAAAUAUUUUUUUCCGAGACAAAUCAAACUUUUUACCAAGACCAAUUAAUUUUAAAUUUAACUUUCGAUUUAUUUUAUCUUUUCGAAAAUUUUCUAUGUAAGAGAUAAUCUGAAAUAAUUUCGAGAUACUGCAUCGAAAAAAAUGUUAAAUUAAAUGGAAAGAUUAAUUUAAAAUGGGAAAGGUAUAAUUUUUCUUCUUAAUUGCUGAAUUUGACUUGUAAAAAAAUUGAAUUUGUUUUGGAAAAGGUUUAAUUUGCCAAGUAAAUAUUGUACACUCCUAUCCUCCGACUCAGAGAUGCAUAUAUAUCACCACGACAAUUACUAAUACAUCCUAUAUCCGGGGUGCGACUUUAUCAACAAAUUUUGCGCAUGCUUCCCGUUAAUAAUUGGAAUUAUCGAUUUCGAUCAAGGAAAAAAGAAAAAAGAUGUUACAUAAAAGCGUUGAAGUCGGAAAGGUAAAGUCUAGUGUCUCGUGACUCCUCGCGAGGAGUGAUAAUGAGUGAUAAGGAGGCGGUGAACGAGCAGUAGUGCAGCGAGAUGGUGACUGUGAAGGACUCCAAGGAAGCCAUCGUCAAGAGGGACCGUCCGUCGAGGCUCAAGCUAUAUCUCUCGGUCUUCGCUGUUUACAUACUUCACAUAACCACCGGCUGUGUUCUGUCGUUUCCAUCUCCAGUAAUACCCAAACUAAACCUGACCAAAGAUGAGCAGUCACUCAUCAGCUCCCUCUAUUCACUGGGAGCUACGCCAGGACCUCUUGUUCUCGCCUUUGGACUCGACACCAUUGGAAGAAAAGGUACCCUCUACGUUGUGUGGCUCUUGUACAUGGGUUCUUGGGCCAUGCUGUGGUCCUCCGAGAAAAUAAUUAUUGUUUAUCUUGGGAGGCUUAUAGCAGGACUAGGAUUUGCUGGAGCAUUUGCUGGAACUUCAGUCUAUAUUGCUGAAAUAGCUGAUAAUGACUCCAGAGGUCCUCUUAAUUCAAUUUCUCAAGUAUUUUUGGCGAUUGGAUUUCUUGUGGAAUAUUGUGCUGGACCAUAUGUCUCUUACGAAAUGCUUGUUUUUAUUUCCUUCUGUGUAACAGCAUCGUUUGGAAUUGUAUUUUUUUUCGCUCCUGAGUCGCCUUACUAUCUCAUAGCAAAGGGUAAAAAGACAGAAGCCUUCAAGGUAUUGAAGACAUUACGAGGGAACUUGACUGAUGAAAGUAUUAAUGCUGAAAUUAAAGAAAUUGAGGACCAAUUCAGCCGUGAGAAUGAAAGUGGUACUGGCCUUAAAAAGCUUAUGAGUCCCCCUGUUCUGAAAGCCUUGGCGAUGUCACUUUUUCUCAUCAUUCUGCAACAGGGAAGUGGUAUUAAUGCAGUAUUAGCUUAUGUUCAACCAAUUUUUCAAAAAGCCAACCUGAGCUUGGAUGACACAGUUGUUCCGAUGCUAGUUGGUUUGACAAAUUUGGUUUCUUCAUUACCUGUUCCUCUUCUUGUCGGAAAAUUUGGAGUAAAGAUAGUCUUGGUAACUUGUGGAGUAGCAAUGGGCAUUUGUUUGAAUUUGUUGGGAUUGUAUUUCUACUUGUUGUAUGGAUAUUAUGAUGUCACCAGCUUAGAAUUUCUUCCUGUUGUUAGUGUAAUUCUGUUCAAUGUAUUCUUUUGCAUUGGUUCUGGAUCACUCACUUGGGUUGUGAUAGCUGAUGUUUUCCCAUCAUCGGUGAAGGGGACAGCAACUGCGAUCUGUUCCAGCUUCAGUGCUCUGUUUGGAUUUGGAGUAAUAGAAGCUUUCAUUUUAUUACUAAACAAUUGGGGAUUUGAAAAUACAUUUGUGUUGUUUGGGUGUAUCCUGCUUUUAGGAUCUCUUGUCCAGAUAAUAUUUGUUCCAAACACAUCAAAAAUGACAUUUCAGGAUAUUGAAAAAUAUUUUGAUCGUAAAGCAUGAGAAACUGUGCGAAGUUUUUAAUUCAACCGAGUGUUGCUCUCUAGUCUUUGACAAUCUCAUUGUCUACUAUCCAUUAUAAACAAACAUGUUAUUAACACUAUUACAAUUAUACAUAUGCAUGUUUAUAUAUUUAUUUUAUAUGCGUAACUUUUUUAUAGAUAUAUUUAACUUUAAAACUAAUAAACAGUUUUAUUUAAUUGAAUAAGAGGUAUAAAUAAAGAGUAACAAUAGCUUGUUAUAUGAGCUCUUCCUAAAAUUGGUUUAAUUACAACUGCAUCUAGCUUAUUGACCAAAAAAAUAUAAAUGAAUCUUUUAUCAUUCAUUCAUAUUAAUACAAUUCACCUAAUUCUUUUGUUUGAUAAACUUUACAAUAAAGAAGAUAUUAUUAACAUUAACAAUACAAUUGUAAACAUGUGAUAAAAGACAAUUGACCCUUUCUUUCCUUCAAUGAAAACCUUGUUAUGUUUAUGAAAGAGAGAAUGAGAAAAAAGUAGUGUGAAAAAAAGUUUGAGACAAAUAUGAGUAAUUCAAGAUAAAAAGGAAACUACUACCCUUUAAAAAAAUUUAAUAGAAAGAAAUAUUAUUAAAAUCACAAUAAUUUGAAUUUUAGCCCAGAACCUCUUUAGUUUAAACCACUGGAAAUGUUUUUUAUGUAUUUUCUUUUUUGUCAAAACUAUCAAAAUUAUUGUAUAUAUAUUUUUUUAAACCAGUAGACAAUUUGAUAUCACUACCAUUCCUUUAAUUACAACUAUCAUUUUGCAUUGCAUCAUUCAUAUUUUGCAGCUGUCCAUCAAAUUUAUUUCAUUUAAGCCCUUUAUUUUGGAUAAAAACAUUAGAUCUUCUAAUCAAAACAACUAAAAGCUAAAAAAUUAUCUUUCAAAACUAUUCAAGUUCAAAGUUUACAUAAUUUAAAGUGAUUACUCAUUCUAUUGGAAUUGCUAAAUAUAUAUUUUAAUUUUCAAAUCGUAAGUUUUAAACUUAAAUGUUUGUUCAGAAAAUCUAAUAUUCAGAAACUAUGAAUCAUCAUUUGAUUGUUUCUUAUACUCCCUCAAAUGUUCCUAUUAUGUAGUACCUGUCAGGAUCCAUGAUAUUAAAAUGAAAAAUUUGUGAAUGUAGUUUGGAGUCUAUCGCAAAAACAUAUACAUGAGUGUUAGCAUCUACUCUAUCCAUUUACAUGCAAAUUUCAUGAUCAUAAAUUGAUGUUUUUUUAAUCUUUCAUUAGAUUAUAUAAUGUUUGUUUUAUUUGUAUUACUGCUUUAUUAAUAAGAUAUUAAUUUACUCAUAAAAUAAAUAAAUGAACUGAUUUGUUAUACACUUUUAAUA